AACAAAUAUCCAAUCCCCAAAUCGAAAUAUCAAGGAAACACACCAAACCCUAGCUCAUAAUCAAAAGAGGGCUUUCUUCACCAUCAAUCAUCUAACAAAAUUCCUUCUCACCCUCUUCAAUUCAUCACCAGAUCCACCUAAAUCAUGGGCCAAGCCGAGAAAUUGAUGAACCAGAUCAUGGAACUCAAGUUCACCUCCAAAAGCCUGCAACGUCAGGCAAGAAAGUGCGAAAAAGACGAGAAAUCAGAGAAACUCAAAGUCAAGAAAGCGAUCGAGAAAGGUAACAUGGACGGAGCAAGGAUCUACGCCGAAAACGCCAUCCGGAAACGUAGCGAACAGAUGAAUUACCUUCGGUUAUCUUCUCGCCUUGAUGCGGUUGUCGCCCGGCUUGAUACGCAGGCGAAGAUGACAACAAUUAGCAAGUCUAUGGGGUCGAUUGUUAAGUCGCUUGAGUCAACGCUUGCUACGGGUAAUCUGCAGAAGAUGUCUGAGACUAUGGACCAGUUUGAGAAACAGUUUGUGAAUAUGGAGGUGCAAGCCGAGUUUAUGGAGAGUUCGAUGGCUGGAAGUACUUCGCUUUCGACUCCGGAAGGGGAAGUUAAUAGUUUGAUGCAGCAAGUGGCUGAUGAUUAUGGUUUGGAGGUGUCGGUUGGCCUGCCGCAACCUGCUGGACACGCGGUGGCGAAUAAGACGGAGAAGGUUGAGGAGGAUGAUCUUACUAGGCGCCUUGCCGAGCUUAAAGCGCGUGGGUAAUUGACUAAUUGGAAGUUUAUGUGGAUUUUAAUAAUUUGUUUUAUCUGAAUUUCCUGAUUGGGUAUGUAAAUUUGACUGAAUUAUGUUGUGUUAUGUUACGUUAUGUUCUUAUUUACUGCUUGCUUGAAACUUGAAACUCGUGCUUUGCAUAUAUUGUUAUGAAUCGAUGCAUAUUCGGUUGUUUAA